GUGAAGUGCUAAGGAAUAAAUUCCAUAGUGCCUGUUAGAAAGAAAAGAAAGCCGCCUCUUAAGGUGGGCAAGGAUAGAAACGCCAAGAUGGCGUCGUCGACUUCGUGGUCGGCGAUGCCUGAGGCAGAGGCUUCUGCAUUUGAGGGCAGUGCGCUGAAAAGACCAAAAGUUUUGGACAAUAGAGAUGUGACAAAUUUCUAUGAGCUCGCCAGCGGUGGAGGGCUCAUUCAGAUUAAACCCAGAAGUAGUGCGAAAAAUAACGUGUGUCCUGAAAAGGGCGGGAAAAAUUCAGAAAAUGAUGAAAAUGGCGGGAAAAGUUUGGAAACAGUAGGUAGCAUGGAAUGUGAGAACCUUCCAGUAAAUGAACAGUUGCAAGAAGCACAGUUAGCUGUAGUUAACGAAAAUGAACAAGCAAGAGGAAAAGAAAAUGAAAACGCACAAAAGACAGUGAUGUACCCGCAUACAUUUAAGGGGGAGAUUUUUGUUUUAGUUGAUUCCUCUGAAUGCCCCAAUAUUAAAAACGAAAAAAUUACCACAGGGUUAACUCUGCUAAGUCAAAUAAAAGACAUGCGUCACAAAGAUGUUGAAUUCAUUUAUGCCUUGGGUAAAACACUAUACAAAGUAACUUUUAAAAACACCUAUGCAGCGAACACAUUCGUGCUCGAUGACAAACUUCCGAAAAGAGGCCUCAAACCUUUCAUUCCUCGCACUGCACUCGAAAUAUACGGUGUAGUUAGGGGUGUACCCACAUGUUUCAGUGACUCAGAUUUCUUAAAUAAUGCUAUAUCCAGCAUCCCUAUCAGGUCGGUCAGACGCUUUACGCGCAAGGACCCUGCAACCAAUGAAUACGUUCCAAUUACCACAUUAAAAAUAGGCUUUUCGGGCAAUGAGAUUCCCAAGCAAAUCAUAUAUGAAUAUACAAAGUUGGAUGUAGAUUUUUAUAUCCCUCCCUUAAGACAAUGCAACAAUUGUGGGAGACUAGGUCAUACUCAAAUGUCUUGCAAGUCAAAAAUUAGAUGUAUCAAAUGCGGCAAGAGUGAGUGCAAAGCGGACUGUGAGGCAAACAACUGCAUCUUAUGUGGAAAUAGUGGCCACACGGCUAAAGACAAGCUCCGCUGCCCUCAUUGGGAAAAGGAGAUCUCUGUGAACCGCAUCAAAACGGUAAAGAAAAUGUCAAGGAAAGAAGUUCUUGACACCUAUUACCCAAAAAAUAACAACAGAUUCAGCAUUUUUGAGGAGGACGAAACCACUUCUGUGAUCAGACUGAUGGAACGAUAGAUAAAGACUCCAAUAUAAAUCGUAGUUUAACAAGAAAAUCUUAUAGCUCAAUUCUCAAAAAUCAGCAGGUCAGACAUGAAGCACCUCAACCAAGAUAUACUAAAAGAAUCGACAACAAAGUUAAAAAUAGCCCGGUCUUUGAAUCACAAGCUUACCAAAAAGGAUUAGUAUCCCAAAUGGAGAGAUUAAUGACUCAGCUCCUUAGAAUCACUCAAAAAAUUU